AUGAAUUCAAUUUUAAAUCGUGUCUUUGGAAAAAAUCCAUCAUCGACAUCGAAGAAAAAUGCUACAACUGGUACUGCAUCAUCCUCGAAUUCGACACCUCCUCUAACUCCUCUUGAUUUACCACAAUGGAUACCACCAGAUUUUAAUCGAGAUAAUAUUCGUCUUCUUGUUUUUUCUGAUAGUGAUGAUACUGGUUUACAACUUAUAUUUGAUUCAAAAACUUUACGUGUUGUUCCAUCUACUGAUAAUGAUAAUAAUAUAAAUAAUAAAUCAUCAAUAGCAACAAAUUCUCGUACAUCUCUAUCCGGAGUUCCUUCAUCAAAUUAUGCAACAGGUAAACCUCCAGUUGGACCAAGUAGUAAUAGUGGUGCUCGUGUUAAUCCUGCUAUAUCGCGUUUUACUCAUAAAGGAAAACAAUAUGAAUUAAGGAAAUUUUCUAAUGAUAUAAGAAAUUAUGCUGAUUAUAUAUUUGGUACUAUGCCAUUAUUAUUUAAAGGUACUGGUAUGAAAGUUCAUACAAGCAAAUCACCAUUACAAAUAAUGAUGAGUCGAGUAUUUGCUGUUAAACUAGCAGACAGACCUGAUGGAAUAGUGAAUACAUCCACAACAUCAGAACCAGAUACUGCACCAGUUAAUCCUUUAAAUCCAUUUCUACCAUCACAUAUCAAUCGAUCAUUAAGUUCAGGUGUUAGUGCUGCUUCGUCAACAAUAUCAAGUAUUGAUAUACUCGGUGAAGAUUUAACAAAUCAUAAAUUUGGUCGACUCUAUCGUCGAUGGUUAAAAGUUGCUAAUCGAGCAAUAAAACAAAAUCAAAGACAACCUGGUCGUCGUCAUCGUCGAUGUAUAGGUAUUGCAUUUAUUGUUACAUUUCAACAAGAUGAACUAUCAAAAUAUAAACACUUUGAAGAAUUUUUUUGUACACAUGCACCAUUAAUCGAGAAUCAUUUUCAAAAAAUAAUGACAGCAGCUGAAGUGAAUAUCAAUGAACGAAAUUCAAUUGCUGCUGCUUUAUUAGAUAGAUUAUUUACAUUUAAAGAUGAUCUUUAUACAUUAUAUACACGUCCACGACUUAUUUAUCCAGCAUGGUAUAUUCUAACACAAGAACAUCUAACUAUGACUAAACGACGUGCAUUAGCUCAACAAUUAUGUUCAAUUAUUGAUUUAUUUUCAACACCAAAAUAUGGCGACUUUCUCAAUUGUGUCUUAUCAGCGGUGCUUAGCUAUCAAUUAUCUUGGUUAUCUACAGUUUCACCAUCACUUAUCAAAUCUAAACAACAGGUUCUAUUCAAAGCUAAAGCAGAUUAUACCAGUUCAAUGCAAAGUUUUCUACAAUACAGUCCUUUAUGGGGACAAUUAAUAGAUCUAUUCAGUGCAUAUAGUCAACCUCCAUAUAUUUGUCGAACAGUAAUUGUUGGUACUGAUUCAUCAUUACUCAAUCGUUUACUAUAUUUAAUGAGUUUUUUUAUACGUCCAAGUUAUUUAACUUAUAAAAAUCCAAAUCCAAAUUUAUCUGAUACAACUGAUGAACAAAAUCGAAGUUAUAAAAAAGUUCGUUUAUAUAUUGAUGAAUUAAUUGCUAGUUCAACACAAAUACAAGAUAUUGAACCUUAUUCACCUGUUCAUAGUAUACAUGACGGUGAUGACGAUGAUGAUGAUGAACAAAAUCUUGAAGAUGAUAUUGAUAUUUUAUCUGGGGAUGAAUCCAAUACUAAUCAUAAUCAUACAACAUCUCUUAAUCAACCACAAGAGUUUUAUCAAUUAACAUAUACAUCAGAUGAUCUUGAAAGUACCAGUGUUGAAGAUAAUGAAAUAUCACAAUUAUUAAAUUCAUUAGUUAUACAUAUUGAUCAAAUGAUUGUUAAUGAACAGAGAACUCAAAUUCAAUCACCGACAAUACAUUCUCGUCCAACACCUUCUGUAACAUUACCAUCACCCAUACAACCCGUCGUCAAUUCACUACCAACAAAAAUUCUCAUGUCACUUCCAUUAUUUGAACCUAAUCAUCUUGGUCAUGAAUCGAUAAGUCUAAAUAAUGAUUAUCAUUUAGAUUUAGGUCUAUCACUAAUAUCAUCAGUUACAAAUUCAUAUUCAUCUGAUUUUAUUUUACAAGCUAUUGAAACAUCCAAUGUAAAUGAAAUUAUUCGUUCAAUAUGUGCACAACAUACAUAUGAUACAACAGAAAAUGGUGGAAUAUUUCUUGAUGGUGAAUUAAUUGAUACAUCAAUAACAAUAUUAAUUAAUAUUGAUGAUAUAUCAGUUAAUUUAUAUUCAAGUAAACAUAAUGAUAUAGCUCGAAAACAAGAACGUACAACAUUAAUUCAACCAAUAAUUGAACAUGUACAUUUAGCUAAACAAUUAUUACCAGCUGAUUUUGUUUUAUUAAAUAUGGAAGAUAGUUUACAAGAAAUUUAUUUUCAAGCUUUAGCAAUUCUUAAAUAUAUGAAAGCAAAUAAUAGAUCACUAUAUAGUCAAGAAAGUGUUAGUUCAUUUGGUGAUUCAGCAUCAACAGCAAGUAUUACAAGUGGUGAUACAGAUGAUAGACAUAGUAGAACAACUAAUCAUACUGUUACUGAUCUACCUACACAAUCAUUAAUGAAUUCAGUAUUAACAAUUGAAUCAACAUAUACAACAGCAAUUGAUAAUAGUUCAGAAUUAGUACAAAAUGUUAUACGAAAAUUUCAAUUACAACGAUCCGAUUAUAUGUUUUUAAAAAAUAUUUUACGUGUUCUUGAAACAGAACAAAUGCAAAUGAUUAAUUAG